CCACCACUGCACCCAGGGCCAGGAGCGCCCUGAGGCUCGGCCUGCCCUCCCGGGGGUGGCCCGGACCCGAUUGGGGAGGCCGGGGGCAGCCGUGCCCCCUGCGCACAGGGGGAUGCGGCCCCGCGCGCAGCCCUGGGCCGCCACGGGUUAAGCGCACCGAGCUGGCGGCGGCCUAGAGCGGCGGCGGCGGCGGCGGCGGGGGGCGCGGGGCGCGGGGCGGCGGCGGGGGCGGGGGACAGGAUGCGGCUGCCGGGGGACUUCCUGUGCCGGCCCCCGCCGCCCCCGCCCCCGGCCGGCCCGCUGCCCGGACGGACGCCCGCAGACACGGACGCGCGGGCGGGCGAGCGAUCGGGGGACUCCGGGCCCCGCCGGGGCGCCCGCCCCCCGGCCCGGUGAGCGCGGCCCGGCCCAGGCCCCCGGCGGCCCUGGGCGCAGCAGCCGGGCACCUGUGGCCGCCGGCCGGACCUGGGCUGAGCCCGGGACCGGUGUCGCCGGCGCGCCUGGGCAGCUCCGAGCCCCGCGCCCCCCUCCCCGGCCCAGCCGCGAGCGUCUCCAGCAACUUCCCUGGGACGCGCCCCCCGUCCUGGAACUCCGCGCGCGCCCCUCUGCGCUCCCGGGGCGACCUCGGCAGCCCUGACGGCGGCAGCCCCCGCCCCCGCCCGGCCUCCAGAAAGGCCCCCGAGGCCGGCCGGGGCCUCCCGGGUUCCUUCUGGAUGGAGGCGCGGCGGGAGGGAGCGGGCUGAGCGCCCCGGCCUCCGCCUUCCAGCCCCUGCGGGGCGCGCCGUCCCCCGCGCAGAGGCGGCUGUGCGGGGCGGGAGAUGCUGUACCAGCACAGCCGUCUCCCCGGGAUCUGACCGCCAGGAUGGAGCUAGGGCCAGCAACAGAGACCUUCGUGCUGGAGCUGCGGUGCCUGCAGGAUGGGGGCCCGGGGCCUGACACCCUCUCAGGUGGCAGCGGAGGGAGCGAGAGCCAGGAGGAAGAGGAGGCUCCGGAGGGCAGCGGCAGCCCACCACGGCCAUCGGCCUCCGCCCCAGGGGGGCCCAGGGAAGUCACAGGGGAAGCCCAGCCUGGGCAGCAGGAGCUGCAAGUGCAGCAGUCAGAACAGCGGCCAGAGCUGCAAGAGCAGGGAGAGCAGCCGCAACGGCAGCAGCCACAAAACCAGCUGUUGGGACACCAGCCGGAAUUGCAGCUGCAGCAGCAAGACAGGCAGCAGCAGGAAAAACAUCAGUCCAGGCACCAUCAGGAACCGAAGCCACAACUGCAGCUGAUGCCGCAGCAGGAACAGCUACCGGGGCAGCAAGUGCAAGAACACCGAGAGUUACAACAACCGCAGGAACAGCUGCAGCAGCAGCUGCAACCGCAGCAAGUGCUGCAACAACAGCAGGAACAGAUGCAGCCACAGCAAGUGCAAGAACAGCAGCAGUUGCCACAGCAGGAACUGUUACAACAGCAGGAGCAAUUGCAGCAGCAGCUGUUGCAGCAGCAGCAGGAACAGUUACAGCAGCAGCAGCUGCAACAACAGCAGCUGUUACAGCAACAACAGGAACAGUUACAGCAGCAGCUGCUGCGACAACAGCUGUUACUGCAACAGCAGGAACAGUUGCAACAGCAGCAACUGUUGCAGCAACAGCAGGAACGGUUGCAACAGCAGCAGCUGCAGCCCCAUGCACUGGCGCCAAAGGAGGAGGAGGAAGAGGAGGAAGUGGAGCUGGAGCUCAUGCCCGUGGACCUGGGGUCGGAGCAGGAACUGGAGCAGCAGCGGCAGGAGCUGGAGCGGCAGCAGGAGCUGGAGCGACAGCAGGAGCAGCGGCAGCUGCAGCUCAAACUGCAGGAGCAGCUGCAGCAGCUGGAGCAGCAGCUGGAGCAGCAGCAGCAGCUGGAGCAGCAGCAGCUGGAGCAGCAGGAGGUGCAGCUGGAGCUGACCCCCGUGGAGCUGGGCGCGCAGCAGCAGGAGGUGCAGCUGGAGCUGACCCCCGUCCCGUCGGAGCUGCAGCUGGAGCUCGUGCCGGCGGCGGGGGGCGGCGGGGCUCCGGGCCCGGGGGCCCCAGCCACCGUGGUGGUGGCGCCCCCGGGCUACGUGGUGCUGCAGGAGCUCAUGGUGCUGCCGGCCGUGGCCACAUCGGCCGUGGUGGCCAUCCCAGGCCCGGCGGGCAGCGCGGCCCUGACCCCUGCCCGGCAGCGGCGGCGGCGGCGCGCCCGGGACCGGCCCACCAUCUGCGGCGAGUGCGGCAAGGGCUUCAGCCGCAGCACCGACCUGGUGCGGCACCAGGCCACGCACACGGGCGAGCGGCCCCACCGCUGCGGCGAGUGCGGCAAGGGCUUCUCGCAGCACUCCAACCUGGUGACGCACCAGCGCAUCCACACGGGCGAGAAGCCCUACGCCUGCUCCUACUGCGCCAAGCGCUUCAGCGAGAGCUCGGCGCUCGUGCAGCACCAGCGCACGCACACGGGCGAGCGGCCCUACGCCUGCGGGGACUGCGGCAAGCGCUUCAGCGUCUCCUCCAACCUGCUGCGCCACCGGCGCACGCACUCGGGCGAGCAGCCCUACGUCUGCGAGGACUGCGGCGAGCGCUUCCGCCACAAGGUGCAGAUCCGCCGCCACGAGCGCCAGCUGCACGGCGCCGGCCGCUCGCGGGGCCUGGGCCUGCUCCGCAGCGCGCGGCCCGCGGCCGCCAUUGGGCCUCCGAGACCAGAGCAGGCCGCGGUGGUCACGGCGCCCACGGACAAGGCACCGUGAGGCUGGGGAAGGGGCAGAGCCUGGGAAGGUGGGGUCGGAGGCCACUGGGCCUGCCCUUUUCCCGACCGCCGAGGAAGCCUUGCGCAGGGCAGGACGUUUUGACCCCGUUUUGUGGUUUCUCUCUCUCUGUGUCUCAAAAUCCUGGAAUAUCGUUGGGAAAAGCCUUGCAAGUUUCUCCUGGAUUUACUGAGAAGUACCGCAGAUUCAUGCAUUUACAUAACCCCCAGGACAAAUCAACAAGAGAAAAGCACAUGGCCCAUGAGAGAUCUGCCAAACUUUUCCCUUCGGAGAAUUGCACUUGCUAGAAACGAGAGCCACAAAAAAAAAAAAAAAAAAAAAAAAAAAAAGC